AAUAAUCAUGGAUAAAUAAGACAAACAAGAAGCCCCUAAAAAGCAAUUUGCAAGACGUGACGGUUUAAUGGAACUUGAAAGAUAAGCACAAGCAAAAUGGGAAUAAGAAAAAACUUAUUAAGCAGAACCAAAUCCUGGAUAAAAAAAAUACUUAUUAACAUUCCCUUAUCCAUAUUUAAAUGGAAGACUACACCUUGGUCAUGCAUAUACUAUGACUAAAGUUGAUUUUACUGCUCGUUAUAAAAUUUUAUAAGGAUAUAAUGUUGUUUUUCCUUUUGGUUUUCAUUGCACUGGGUAACCAAUUUGUGCAGCUGCAAAUAAAUUGUAAAGUGAAAUUAAUUAAUUCGGUUGUCCUCCAAAAUUCCCAAAUGAAGGUGUUGAUUAAAGGUAAUGGAAUAUUUUGAAAAAAAUGGGUAUUAGUGAAGAAGAAAUACCAAAAUUUGUAGAUACUAAAUUCUGGACAUAAUUUUUUCAUCCUUUUGCCACUUAAGAUUUAAAAUAUUUCGGAGUUUCCGUUGAUCAUAGAAGAUCUUUUAUUACCACAGAGGUUAAUCCAUAUUAUGAUUCAUUCAUAAAAUGGCAAUUUACAUUACUCAAGGAAAGAAAAUACAUUAAUUUUGGAAAAAGACCUUCAAUAUUCUCUAUUACAGAUAAAUAAAUGUGUGCUGAUCAUGAUAGAGCAGAAGGAGAAGGUUUGGGACCAUAAGAAUACACACUUAUUAAGUUAAAAAUAUUAGAACUUAACAGUGCUUUAGCUCCUUUGUAAGGAAAAAUGUUUAUUUGGCAGCAGCUACUCUUAGACCUGAAACAAUGUAUGGAUAAACUAAUUGUUUUGUACUUCCUGAAGGAAUUUAUGGAGCAUUUGAAAUGAUAAAUGAUGAAAUAUUUAUUGUUUCAGAAAGAGCAGCAAAAAAUAUGGCUUAUUAAGAUUUAACGAAAGAAUAUGGCUAGGUAAAAAAAAUACUAGAAAUUAAAGGAACUGAUUUGUUAGGACUUCCUUUAAAAGCACCAUUAGCUAAAUAUGAAAAAAUAUAUGCACUUCCUAUGCUAUCAAUUUUAAUGGAUAAAGGUACUGGCAUAGUAACUUCUGUACCUUCAGAUGCACCUGAUGACUAUGCUACAUUAAGAGAUUUAUAAAAGAAACAGGCCUUUAGAGAAAAAUUUGGUAUUAAAGAUUAUCAUAUUAUACCUUUUGAACCUGUUCCUAUUAUCGAAAUUCCUUAAAUGGGAAAUUUAUCUGCAAUAUUAGCUUGUGAGGAAUUUAAAGUAGCGUCAUAAAACGAUAAAGAAAAAUUAAAAUUAGCUAAAGAUAAAUGCUACACUAAAGGUUUUUACGAUGGAAAAAUGUUAGUUGGUAAAUAUAAAGGUAAAAAAGUACAAGAGGCGAAAGAAUAAGUAAAAAAAGAUCUUAUAAUAUCACAAGAAGCAGUAUCUUAUUAUGAACCUGAAGGAAAAGUGAUUUCUCGUUCUGGCGAUGAAUGCAUAGUAAGUCUAUGUGAUCAAUGGUAUAUUUCUUAUAAUGAUGAAAAUUGGAAAAAAUAAAUAAGAGAACAUGUAAAUGGACCAAACUUUAAUUGCUAUAAUAAUGUUGUUCUUAAAAGUAUAUAAACAACAGUUGAUUGGUUAAAUCAUUGGGGAUGUUCUCGUUCGUUUGGACUUGGAACCCGUUUACCAUUUGAUGAUAAAUAUCUGAUUGAAUCUCUUUCUGAUUCAACGAUUUAUAUGGCUUAUUAUACUAUUAGUCAUUUAUUAUAAGGAAACGUUUAAGGAUCUUAAGUUGGUCAUUUAGGAAUAACUCCUGAUUAAUUGAAUCGUGAAUUUUGGGAUUAUAUAUUUUUAAAUUGUUAAUAUAAUUAAUAAAUAAAAGUUAAUGAAGAUAAAUGUAUAUAGAUUAGAAACUCAUUUUAAUAUUGGUAUCCUUUAGAUCUCCGUGCUUCUGCUAAAGAUUUAGUUAAAAAUCAUCUUACAAUGAGUUUAUUUAAUCAUGCAGCAAUAUGGGAUUAAUAGCCACAUAUGUGGCCUCGUUCAUAUUUCGUGAAUGGUUAUAUGUUAGUCGAUGGUAAAAAAAUGUCCAAAUAAAAUGGAAAUUUUUAUACUUUAAAAGAUAUAGUGGAUAAAUAUGGUGCUGAUGCAACUCGUUUUGCAUUAGCGGAAUCUGGAGAUUCAUAAGAUGAUGCUAAUUUCGAAAUUAAAAUUGCUGAUAAUUCAAUUUUAAAGAUUUCUACAUUAGAAAUGUGGAUUAAAGAAUAUGUGAAAAAUGUUUCUGAUGCAAGAGAUUAUAAUGAUCAAGUAUGUAAUGAAAAAGUAGUAUUUUUUGAUAAAGUAUUCACAAAUUAAAUUAAAUAAUUGACAAUUUAAUGUAUAAAAUCUUAUGAGGAACUUAAAUUUAGAGAUGUUACAAAAUAUGGGUUUCAUGAAUUUGGAUCUAUUAAAGAUGAAUAUUUAAUAAAUUGUGAAAAAUUAGGAGGACCUCGUAAAGAUAUUUUAUUAGAAUGGAUUAAAUAUUAAUUACUUUUAAUAUAUCCUAUUGCACCUCAUUUUGCGGAAAUUGCUUGGUAGAAUUAAUUUUGGCUUUUAUUAUCUAAAGAAUAAUAAGAAAAAAUUAAAAAAAAUAUAAAUGAAAAUACUUUACCUAAAAUAAGUGAGUUUAUUAUUGAUGAAGUGGUUUUAAGAUCGUAUAAUUGUCUUUAAAAUUUCCUAAGAAAUGUGAGACUUACAUAUGCUAAAUAAACUUAAAUAAAAAAAGGAAAUAAAGAAAUUGUAUUUAAUAAAGCAAUAGUAAUAUAUACAGUUAAAUAUAAUGAUUGGUAGUAAAAAGUUUUAGAAUAAUUAAGAAAUUCUCUUUAGGGAGAUGUCUUAAAUAUAGAUUGGAAAAAUAAAAUUCGAGAUAGUUUAGAUAUUUCUGUUGAUAUUAAGAAAAAAUCUUUAUAAUUUGCAGCUUUUAUUUAAAAAGAAUUUGAAACUUCCGGAAAAGAAGCUAUUGAAAGUAUUUUACCUUUUAACGAACUUUAGCUUCUUUAAGAUAACAAAGAAAAUAUUUUAAAAGAAGUUAAACUUGAAAAUAUUGAAUUUUUAUGUGCUGAUGAUGCUGAAAAAAGUUAAGAAAAAGUUUUUUUGACUGCAGUAUAAAAUUGUAUGCCUGGAAAAGCCUAAAUUAUAUUUAUAUGAGUUUGAAAAAAAUAUAAAUAUCUUUGUUAGCUUAAAAAUUUAUAAAUAAAUAUAAUAUUUAAUCCUAUUUUAUAUAAAAAAAAAUUAUUUGAAGUAAAAUUAAAU